AUGGAUGUUUUGCAUACCGAUAGCGAUAGUCAUGCUGCAGGAGAUACUCCUGUUACUAGUUCCUUUGAGAAACAGGAGUCUUUCGCAUCUGAUUCAGUAGUUGUAGAGCCAGUAACUGAGGAACCAUCUGAAGAGAAAGGACCAGAGGAACAGCCACAAAUUGAAAUACAAGAAGAAACGUCAACAGAAAUGGAGGUCACAGAAAUCGAAUCAGAAGGUGCCCAUGGAGAAGAACCGCAUAUCAUAGAGAUAAAAGAGACUUUCAAAAUCGAAGUUGAGAUCAAAUCAAGAGAGGUAUUGGAGAAAACUUCUGAAAUUGAGCGGCAGGAAGAGACACAACCGAUUGAUACAGGUGACGAGAUCGAGCACGCCCACAGUCAGUCAUACGAAUCCUCAAAAGAUGUUGAGAUGGAGUCUGAGAUACAGUCAGAAGAAUCAGCGGAAACGGGUAAACAUGAGCAAGAUUUUAAAGAGGAGAAAGAAUCAACACCACCAGUUGAAGAGGAGGAAGAGGUGGUGGCCAGAACACCCAGAACUAAAAAAGGACGUAAACCUAACGCUACAUCAAGGACCACUGAGCCUCCUAAGACUGCCCCUACAACUGGUAGAAGAGGUCGUAAACGUAAAGUAGUCGAGGAGCCCGAAGUAUCCACUCCCGCUAAAGCACCAAAAACACCAAAAACCCCCGGAAGAAGCCGCACCGCGCCAGCCAAGGUGAAAUUGUCAUACGCUGAUUUUGUGUCGUUAGAAGUAGGAGAUCGUGUCUUGUCUUGUGGUGAAGGUGAACAACUUGGUCAUCCUGGUCGUACUACGACGAAAAAGCCAAGGAAGGUUGAUAUAGUGGAAGAUGAGGAGUUGCACGUUGUCCAGGCUGUGGCCGGUGGUGUUCACUCAGCACUUCUGACGUCUGAUGGUGAAGUUUAUAUGUGCGGAAUCAAUGAACAAGGAACUGUCCCUGCCAUUGGAGUUGAACCAGAAGGCAGCACAGACAAAUUCACCAAGGUUGAAAUGAACGACGAGAUCAUGUCACAAGGAAAGAUCAUAAUGUUGGCAGCAGGUGCAAGCUUCACAGCGGCACUCACUGAUAAAGGAUCAGUAAUCGCAUGGGGGAACCUAAGGGAUACCAGUGGUGAGAUCAAUGUGCAUCCGCUCCUGACAAAGAUGAAGGAUCAUCCAGUCGUAUUGAUACACUACAAAAAGAGAGUAAUCGUGAAGAUCGCUGCUGGUGAGAAUCACCUCGUUAUGCUGGAGGAAGAUGGUAAAGUCCUGACAUUUGGAGACGGUAAAAUGGGGCAGCUGGGAAGGAGUAAAAGGACUGGAUCAAUCAGGCCGCAAUAUAUGGUUGAUGAGGAUGGCAGAUCACUGAUUUUAAUUCUGCAAGACAGGAAAAGAAAAGAUAUAGUUAUUAAGGACAUACACGCAGGAGGUUACUGGACUAUCCUUCUUUCUGACGACCAAGUUUUUUCGUUUGGUUUGAAUAACUUCGACCAUCUUGGUGUUCCAGUAGAAGGGGAAGCGCCUACUGACGCCACUUCUGAAGACAAACGCGAACUUCGUAUUUUUACGCCUGGUAUAGCUACUGCAUACUUAGGCCGACAUUGGACCCAUAUCGAUGGAGUUCAACAUAUUAUAGCCCGUGAUAGUGAAGGAGAGGUAUUUGGUAUCGGAAAAAACACAGACAAUGCUCUUGGUCUCGGAACUUGGACUGGAAAUAGCGAUUCUGAGCACUGGAAAUACUCCACGUUGGAGCGUGUCAAAUUCCCAAAGGAGGCAGGAAAAAUUGCGGGAACUACAGCAAAAUUGGGUUGUUCUCUAGCUUGGACAGAAGACGGUCAUGCGUAUGCAUGGGGCUGUGACACAAGCGGUCAGCUAGGCCUUGGUUUGAAAGAUGAUGAUGAAAAGGUUGUUCCUACCCCACAAAAGAUUACUUCCGCCCAUUUGGAUGGCUUCAAAAUCAUGUCAGCGUCAAUUUCGGAUAAUCAUUGUCUAUUCCUUGCCAAGAAAGCUUGA